AUGUCGUCGACUAUGAGUUCUAUGAGCGCGGCGGCGACGGAGGUUCAAAAGGCACCGCCGCAAGCUGGUGUGCUUGAGGGCGUAAAUCCAGCCCAUUACGAUGCGAAGCAUCCGAUUGUUUUGUUCAUUAUCCAGGCUGGCAUCAUCAUCAUCUUCUGUCGAGCAUUGAACUGGCCACUUUCAAGAAUUCGACAGCCUCGUGUGAUAUCCGAGAUUAUCGGAGGCAUCCUCCUAGGUCCAUCGGUCAUGGGCCGGAUACCAGGCUUCCAGCAGUCCAUCUUCCCCGAGGCUUCCAUGGCAAAUCUCAAUCUGGUCGCCAAUCUCGGUCUCACGCUUUUUCUCUUCAUCAUCGGUCUCGAGGUCGAUUUGCGCUUCCUCAUGGGAAACUGGAAAGUCGCCCUCAAUGUCGGCGUCGCCAGCAUGGCAAUCCCAUUUGGACUGGGUUGUGCCAUCGCCGUAGGCUUGCAUAACGAAUUCAAAGACGAACCGGGUAUGGUACCCGUCGAUUUCCCCGUCUUCAUGUUGUUCAUUGGAGUCGCCAUGGCUAUCACGGCUUUCCCCGUCCUGUGCCGUAUCUUGACAGAGUUGAAGCUUCUCAUGACCCCAGUCGGCGUCAUCGUCCUAUCCGCCGGUGUUGCUAACGACGUUGUGGGCUGGAUCUUGCUGGCUCUCUGCGUUGCACUCGUCAAUGCCGGAAGCGGUCUGACAGCGCUCUGGGUACUGCUAACAUGCGCCGGCUACAUGUUAUUUCUCGUCUACCUCGUCCGGCCACUUUUCGUGUACUUUCUACGCAGAUCUGGCGCGCUUCAGGAUGGCCCCUCGCAGGGAGUCAUUAGUUUUACGCUGCUACUUGCCCUUGGAUCAGCAUUCUUCACAGCCAUCAUUGGUGUCCACCCGAUUUUCGGUGCCUUCAUGGCCGGUAUAAUCUGCCCGCAUGAGGGAGGGUUUGCCAUCAAGGUGGCCGAGAAGAUUGAAGAUCUCAUUGGCGCCCUCUUUCUCCCACUCUACUUCACCCUCUCUGGUCUGAAUACGAACAUCGGUCUCCUGGACUCGGGAAUAACUUGGGCCUACGUCAUUGGUGUCAUCGCCGUCGCGUUCUUCUCUAAAUUCAUCAGUGCGACGCUCGCGGCUCGUGGAACCAAGAUGCUGUGGCGCGAGUGCUUCGCCAUCGGUUCGCUGAUGAGUUGCAAGGGUCUGGUCGAACUGAUUGUGCUGAAUAUUGGUCUCAAUGCGAGAAUUCUCAGUCCGCGAACCUUCACCAUCUUUGUCGUCAUGGCUCUUGUCACGACGUUUGCCUCUUCCCCAUUGACAAUCUACUUCUAUCCUGCUUGGUACCAGAAGAAGGUUGAGUCGUGGCGCAGGGGAGACAUCGACUGGGAUACCGGAAAACCCGUGGAAGGCGCUGAAUCCGCAGACGACAGCCUCAAUUACGACAAGCUAGCGGCCCAGAAGAUCAAGCGACUGACCAUUUACUUGCGAUUGGACAGUAUGCCUAACCUUCUGGCAUUCGCCUCCCUUUUUGGUGGCAACACAGAUGCGCCUGCUGCAAAAGUACAUCCUUCCAAGGCCUUGACCUCGACCAAAGAAGCGACAGAGUCUUCUGUUGAACCAGUUCGUCCAGUAGAAGCGUACGGGCUACGUCUGUUGAACCUGACGGAUCGUGGAUCGUCUGUCAUGCAGGUCUCUGAGAUGGACUCGUACACUGCGUACGAUCCUGUGGUGAAUACUUUCCGGACCUUUGGCAGAAUGCACCAUCUCGCAGUCAGUGGUGAAGUACUAGUCGUGCCCGAGUCAUCCUUUGCAGAAACCCUGAGCGCACGAGCAUCCGACUCUGACCUCCUCGUUCUCCCGUGGAGCGAGACAGGUGGUAUGUCGGAGCAAGCUAUCAUCGAAGACAAGGGUACGAAGAACAAGCUGGCCGCUUCAUCAUACACAUCCUUUGUCAACUCGACAUUUGAGAAUGCCAGCACGCCCGUUGCCGUACUCGUCAACAAGAACUUUGGCGGCAGCAAGAACAAGGAACCCAAGCAGCGUCUCAAACUCACUCGAACCCACAGCAACAUCAGUCUUGCCAGCACUCGCGAGAAGCAAGUGACGGCACCCAUCCAAGACCGCAGCCACCACAUCUUCCUUCCCUUCUUCGGCGGCAACGAUGACCGCGCCGCUCUCCGCCUCGUCUUCCAACUCGCCGAGAACCCGCAAGUCACGGCAACCAUCAUCCACUUCGACAUACCCGACUCCUUCCUCGGAGACACACCCACUUCCUCAUCCUCCCAAGUCCUCGGCAAAGCCGGCGAACUCAUCUCCACCACAGAACCCAGCCGCGACCAAGACGCCGCCUUCUUCGCCGCCCUCCGCGACUCCCUCCCCCUCGACAUUGCAAACCGCGUCGUCUUCGAGACGGUCACUUCCACGGCGCCCGUCACGGACGUUAUUGCCCGUGCUAGCAUCGAGGUCGGCCAGGCGCCCCGCAACGCGGGCGAUCUCAUUGUUCUAGGCCGGAAUAUUGGCAGAAACAGUGCGCUGAGCGCUGGGGAUGCGGAUGAUAUUCGCAAUGUCUCGUCGGCGUCGAGUACGCUUGGUCUUUUGGCGGAGAAGGUGUGGGAGGCCAAGUUGGGGGCUAGUGUGUUGGUUGUCAAGGCUGCGGCGUGA